CGCUUGCGCAAAUCAUUGUUAUGAUUUUUAGUAGUAUCAACAUGUCUGCCUCCUUGAUGCGAGCGACCGUCCGAGCGGUUAAUAAAAGAAAGAUUUUAGCCACUAGAGCGGCUUUAACACUGACUCCUGCUGCUGUGAGCAAAAUCCGAUUGUUGCUGCAGGACAAACCAGAAUAUAUUGGUUUGAAGGUGGGAGUGAGAACACGCGGCUGUAAUGGGCUGACUUACACUCUGGAAUACACAACAGAGAGAGAGAAAUCAGAUGAGGAAGUGCUACAGGAUGGUGUGAGAGUGUUUAUUGAGAAGAAGGCUCAGCUCACCCUUCUGGGAACUGAGAUGGACUUUGUGGAGUCAAAGCUGUCCAGUGAGUUUAUCUUCAACAACCCUAACAUCAAAGGCACGUGUGGCUGUGGGGAAAGCUUCAACAUCUGAGCGUCGCUGUUUCACCGUCCCUCCCCUGCUCCUUCCCUGGCCUCCAACCCAGACUUGAAGACAGAGAGAAUGCCAACGAGGAAGUUGGGUGUGAGGAAAUCUUCGAGAUGAGGACACCCCACCGGUUCCGGCCUCAUCUUUCUGCAGACCACUCACGCAUGCGUACCAGAUCAGUCCAGCUCUGAAUUUCUGUUUGCCCUCAAAGAUUUCCAAACGAUGUGUAGCCAAAGCCAGAAGUUAUUUUAGGUUGAAGUUUCUCUUCUGUUUAAAAGCUCUUCUCUGCUCUCAGUUCUGUUUGAGAAAACAUUCGGUUCUAAGAAACAAACUGGUUUUAGUCCACAGAAUUUUUUUUUUUUUUUUUGUCAAAUCUAACAACUAAUGCAGAUGAAAAUGGUGCAAGAAUGUGCUUAUUAACUCGGAGUUGUAGACGGUUUACUCCUUGAAACUAUUAGGAUGUAUGAUGGUGGUAAACCAACAUCAGCUGCCUGAUAAAAGCACUGUACCAGAGUCCUGAUCUCCAGGCUAGUCUACAGAAUUGCCAGAGGGGUUUGAGUGUCUUGAAGCUGUUUUAUCAGUUUAUAACAUUGCUAGGUUUGUAUUUAUGUGUGUAAAUAGAAAAAAAACAUGUAAAUUCCUUGAACAACAAAUACGCACAAAACCACCAAACGCACAAAACAUGUAUCCCUCAUGUAAGAGUACAGAAGGUUUCUGGUAGUAUCUUAGCCUCAUCAGAGACUAGAUUGUUUGUGUUGACUGUGUGCUCUUCAAAUCAUUUACCUGUGCAAUAUGUUUAUGUAAAUAAAAAUGCUAAAAAGAAAAA